AUGCCCAUCACUCGGAAAGCAUUAUCGUCUCUGAAGCAGCUGAAGGUUCAGCUGGAAGAAUUGCAAUCCUCGUUUGACGACAUCUGUGGCUUCAUUCAGAAGUUCUCUGAUGCAACCACUGCUACACAGGUAGACGUUCGAUUAGCACGAAUCGACGAUUUGUGGGAGAGAUUUAGCGAGAACUUGGUCGAGCUACGAUCUCAUGAAGAGUUUGAAGACGAAGAGAAUCAAUAUGGGAAGUUGCGCAAGCAGAUGAGUGAUCGUUAUUACGAAGCUAAAACGUUUUUGUUGGACAAAAGCAAAGCCCUUCAUGCCCCUCCGGCAUUGGAACACUCACUUCUGGAACAACCAGUGGCAGGUGUUAUUGAUCAUGUCAGGUUACCUCAAAUUCAUCUCCAAACGUUCAGUGGUGACAUCGAUGAAUGGUUGAGCUUCAGAGACUUGUUCACGUCGCUCAUCCACUGGAGAACCGAUUUGCCGGAAGUGGAGAAGCUUCAUUAUUUGAAGGGGUGCCUUCAGGGUGAGCCGAAAAGCCUAAUCGAUCCCCUGAAGAUUACCAAGGAAAAUUAA